CGCCCAGCGCCGGCGACCCAGAACUUUGGGAAGUAGCGCCGGCAGCUCCCACCCUCAGCCCAAAAACAUUUGGAUGGAUCAAUCUGCUAAGUCCAUACGGGAUUGGAAGAGCUGAGCAAAAUCAAUAUUAAGCCUGAUUUUAUUACAUGCUGGGACUUGCCAUUGAAAGAUAAGAAAAUGAUGAGUGAUGCAAGUGACAUGUUGGCCGCGGCGCUGGAACAGAUGGAUGGCAUUAUAGCAGGUUCUAAGGCCCUGGAAUAUUCUAAUGGGAUUUUUGAUUGCCAAUCUCCCACCUCCCCGUUCAUGGGAAGCCUUCGAGCUCUGCACCUUGUAGAAGACCUGCGUGGAUUGUUGGAGAUGAUGGAAACAGAUGAGAAAGAAGGCUUGAGAUGCCAGAUCCCAGAUUCAACAGCAGAAACACUGAUUGAAUGGCUUCAGAGUCAAAUGACAAAUGGACAUCUGCCUGGGAACGGAGAUGUGUAUCAAGAACGGCUGGCGCGCUUAGAAAACGAUAAAGAGUCCCUCGUUCUCCAGGUCAGUGUGCUAACAGACCAGGUAGAGGCUCAAGGAGAGAAGAUUCGCGACUUGGAGUUCUGUCUGGAAGAGCACCGAGAGAAACUGAAUGCCACAGAGGAAAUGCUGCAGCAGGAACUUCUGAGCCGGACAUCUUUAGAAACUCAGAAAUUGGACCUGAUGGCUGAAGUAUCGAACUUGAAGUUAAAAUUGACUGCUGUAGAGAAGGACAGAUUGGAUUAUGAAGAUAGGUUCAGAGACACUGAAGGACUCAUGCAGGAGAUCAGUGAUUUGAGAUUAAGAGUCAGUGAAAUGGACAGCGAACGACUGCAGUAUGAAAAAAAGCUUAAAUCCACCAAAUCCUUAAUGGCCAAACUUUCUAGCAUGAAAAUCAAGGUGGGUCAGAUGCAGUAUGAAAAGCAGCGGAUGGAACAGAAAUGGGAGUCCCUGAAGGAGGAACUGGCAUCUCUGAAAGCACAGCUGGCAGAGAAGGAGACUGAAGUGAAGGGGCUACAAGAAAAACUGGUCUGCAAGAUGAAAGGGGACGGGAUUGAAAUUCUUGAUAGAGAAGAAAAUUUUAAAAAGAAGCUCAAAGAAAAAAAUACUGAAGUACAAAAAAUGAAAAAAGCCGUGGAGUCUUUGAUGGCUGCAAACGAAGAAAAGGAUCGGAAAAUAGAAGAUCUUCGACAGUGCCUGAACAGGCACAAGAAAAUGCAAGAAACAGCAAUAUUGGCUCAAGGCAGAGAUGGUGACUAUGAAGAUCUGCCCAAUUCUAGUUCCAUCUCCACUUUGUUGGAUGCUCAGGGGUUCAGUGAUCUGGAGAACAGUCCCUCGACUACUCCAGUAAUGGGAUCUCCCAGUCGUGGCCCGGUGAACACCAGUGUUCCAGAGGAGUCCCACAGCAGCAUGUUGCAAGUCUCAAUCCCUUCGUUGCUGCCGGCAUCUAAAGGCUUGGAAACCUUCGAGAGAGCAAAAUUGUCUUCUAAACUAGAGACUUCAUUUGAAGAGAAUGAUGAAAAAAUAAUCCUUGGGGCUGAAACCCAGCUGUGUGAUACUGCUCUAACUUCGAGUCUCCAAAAGUCCACCAGCCUGGGCAAUCUGAAGACAGAGACAGCCGACGGGGAAAAGGAGUCUGUUCAGAAGCCUCCAGAGAAUAAAGCGCCAGGAGAAAGCAGCACCUUUGGAAGUCUCCCUCCCCAAGCUCCGGGACACGGCGCCACUGCGGAUGACAACCCCUUUGGCACACGAAAAGCCAGGUCUUCCUUUGGCCGGGGCUUUUUUAAAAUAAAGAGCAACAAGAGGACAGUGAGCGCGCCUAACUUGGACCGUACGCGAAGUGCCAGUGCACCCACCUUAGCUGAAACAGAAAAGGAGGCGGCAGAACACCUAGACCUGGCAGGUGUGUCUCCUCAUUCAAAAGACUCACGGGGAAGCAGCCCCUUCCAGAUAGCUCCACCAUCUCCGGACUCCAAGAAGAAAUCCAGAGGUAUCAUGAAACUCUUUGGAAGACUUAGGCGGAGUCAGUCAACCACAUUCAACCCAGAUGAGAUGUCUGAGCCUGAAUUCAAAAGAGGAGGGACGAGGGCAACCGCAGGACCUCGGUUGGGUUGGUCUAGAGAUUUGGGACAAUCUCACAGUGACUUGGACAUGCCAUUUGCCAAAUGGACCAAGGAGCAGGUUUGCAGCUGGCUCGUAGAUCAGGGCUUGGGCUCCUACCUGAACUCCGGCAAGCACUGGAUUGUGUCUGGCCAAACACUCUUGCAGGCUUCUCAGCAAGAUCUAGAGAAGGAACUUGGGAUCAAGCAUUCGCUUCAUCGAAAGAAGCUCCAGUUGGCAUUGCAAGCGCUGGGUUCCGAGGAAGAAGCAAAUCACGGGAAGCUGGAUUUCCACUGGGUCACUAGAUGGCUGGAUGAUAUUGGACUCCCGCAGUAUAAGACUCAGUUUGAUGAAGGAAGGGUCGAUGGUCGGAUGCUGCAUUACAUGACCGUUGACGACUUGCUGUCUUUGAAGGUCGUGAGUGUGCUACACCAUCUUAGCAUCAAAAGGGCCAUCCAGGUCCUGAGGAUAAACAACUUUGAACCAAAUUGUCUUCGGAGACGGCCGUCUGACGAGAAUAGCAUUGCCCCAUCAGAGGUGCAGCAGUGGACAAAUCACCGUGUGAUGGAGUGGCUGCGCUCAGUGGACCUGGCAGAAUACGCCCCCAACCUCAGAGGCAGUGGUGUCCAUGGUGGGCUCAUGGUCCUAGAGCCCCGCUUUAACGUAGAAACAAUGGCUCAGUUGUUGAACAUCCCACCCAAUAAGACCUUGUUGCGAAGACACUUGGCCACUCAUUUCAACCUUCUGAUUGGCGCCGAGGCCCAGCACCAGAAGCGCGAUGCAAUGGAGUUACCAGAUUACGUCCUCCUCACAGCCACCGCCAAAGUGAAGCCAAAGAAACUCGCCUUCAGCAACUUUGGGAAUCUGAGGAAGAAGAAGCAGGAAGACGGGGAAGAAUAUGUCUGUCCAAUGGAAUUGGGGCAGACGUCAGGAAGCACAUCGAAGAAAGGGUUGAAGCCAGGAAUGGACAUCCACAUGUAUGAGGACGACGAUCUGGACCGGUUAGAGCAGAUGGAAGAUUCAGAAGGGACAGUGAGGCAGAUAGGCGUUUUCUCUGAAGGCAUCAACAAUCUGACCCACAUGUUAAAGGAAGAUGACAUGUUUAAGGACUUUGCUGCCCGUUCCCCCAGUGCCAGCAUUACGGAUGAAGACUCAAACGUGUGACUGCAGCCCUUGAGGAGCACGGGGAGUCUUGAGUCUCUACUGGGUUCUCCUGUUAUUUCUCCAACCCACACAGUCUAUGCAGCAAACAGCGGACGGUCUAUCACUUGUAGUUUCAACUGCUCAUUUCGAAGUGGAACUGCAAAGCGGGGGGAGCAUACCUAUUCUCAAGUUGCCAUGAAAACGGAGACACUGGUGAAUGAGAGUACUAUUGUUCUGGUUUUUCUUUCUCUAUUUAAUGUUAAAAAAAAAAAUCUGUGCUCUAUUUAAAGUGUGGCCGUUAAAAGGAGUCUUUUACCAUAGCGUUUCCACUCUCCUUCAUCGCCUGGGAGGCUUGGGGAGUAGCAGCCAGGCCGUGAAGGCUGUGGUCACAGCAGUGUUGGCAGCAGCCGGCUAGGCAGGACCCGUGUGUGUGCUCUCGGGAAUCCAUUUCCCGUCAGUAUUCUGGGUGCCCAGCAAAUGCCAGCCAUGCCGCCGUAUGCCUCUUACUGUCUUAUUUUUAUAUAUUUUUCUAAAUAUGUGUAUAUAAACCGUGCAUAGACUAUAGGAAUUUUAUUUUGCGACAUAAGGAAGAGAGUGAGAAGAUCUCAUUGAAACAGUGAUCACCUUUUCCUCCACCAGCUGGCUCCUGGAGUGGUCAAGACUGCCUUUUAGUUUCCCCUUUCCCCUCUACCACUGAAUAGUCAUAAUGUUGGUCAUUCACACUAACAGCGUAUAUGAAAUACUCCCUUUGAUGACACAUGGGAAUUACUGAAUUGUUUUUGUUUCAGCAUUAAUCUUGGAUCCUUGUACCUCAGAAGGAAGAAUUCACGGGACAAUCAAAUGCUGUAAACUAAAAUGCGUUCAUAGGUCCCAAAAGAAUUCCUAGAACCAAUUUCUAAGGAAGGAAAGUAAAAACAAAUAGAAAAUCGUUACAGUAGUAAGCUUAUUGAUCUCCUUUUUGUGAACUACAUCAUUCCAUCAAAUUGCUAACAGCUGCCUGAGACGUGUGUCCAUUGUCACCCUCUCAGAUGGUCAAUGAAUGGGGCCGUCAGAGCUGAACGGAAUGCAGGUGGCUCACGGGGACAUUCUGGCCCAGUGAAAGCUGAGUAGCUACACAAGUCU